AUGGCUGGGCGGAGGGUGGGUGCGCGAUUUGCUUCUAAACCGGUAAUAUUGCUGACAUACCUAUUUAAUUUGUCAUGAUUGCAAUCGUAAAAAAAAUGCAUUUAUAUGAAUGUAGAUUUACAGCCGCUAUUAUAGGUAAUUGUUAAAAAUCUACACAUUUAAGAAAAUGAGGCGAUUUGUGCAUUUCAUUAAUGUAGUACCAUUGUUGCUAAAAGCCCAAAAACCAAUUGCAACUAGUUCCAAACUGUUUCCUAAAGUGAAACAUCGACCUUUUUUUAUAUCAAAUCGUUCUAUGUUUAUACAAACUCAAGAUACUCCUAAUCCAAAUAGUGUUAAGUUUUUACCUGGUGUUCAGGUGUUGGAAAAAGGUCAUACAAUGGAUUUUCCUAAUGCUACAGCAGCGUACUGUAGUCCUUUAGCUAAAGUUUUGUUUCGUAUUGAAGGGGUAAAAAGUGUCUUUUUUGGUUCGGAUUAUAUUACUUUAACAAAAGCAGACGAUGAUAUAGAAUGGAUGGUUCUUAAACCUGAAAUAUAUGCUACCAUUAUGGAUUUUUUUGCAAGUGGUUUACCUAUAUUAACUGAUGCUAAACCAACUAGUGAUACUCAAAUUCAUGAAGAUGAUAAUGAAACUGUGAUGAUGAUUAAAGAACUUCUUGAUAGCAGAAUUAGACCAACUGUACAAGAAGAUGGUGGUGAUAUUCUUUUUAUAGGAUAUGAUGCAGGAAUCGUCAAGUUGAAAUUACAAGGAUCUUGUACUAGCUGUCCAAGUUCAGUAGUAACCCUAAAAGGUGGAGUUCAAAACAUGCUUCAAUUUUAUAUACCUGAGGUGAUAGCCGUCGAACAAGUUGAAGAUGAAAUUGAAAUACGGACGAAAGUCGAAUUCGAAAAAUUUGAAAAGAAGUUGGAAGAAACUGAUGAAAAAAGAAAAUAGUAAUCAAGUUAAAUCUUAGAUAUUUAUUAAUAAACAUUUUUAUAGUGUUUCAUAUAGAUGUAAUCAAACAAUAUCUAUCUUACCAAAAUAUCUACAGUGCAGAGUGGUGUCAAUAGUUUUUUUUUUUUUACUAAUUAAUAAAUGUUUUAUUGGAUAAUUAUA